GAACCUGGAAGUUGCCUCUUGCCCCGAAUCGCCGUAGAGCAUGACGUGUGGUGGGACACAAACCUGAAGUGGAUCCACAGGCAUUGCUGCUAGCCAACAGGAAGCUGCGAAUCGCGCUUCCUCAGUUGAAUCGCAGACAGUCAGAAAUAGGCAACGCCCCUUCAGCCUCCUUUACUUGCGACUUUCUACCGAACCUGUACCCAGUAGAGAGCCCGACCGAAUUCGAGGCGAGCAUCGGACACCCGGGGUGAUGCCGAAAAAGAGACACCUCAACAAGUACUCCAAACCGCAAUCGACCGCCCCAGCGUUGCUCAGCAGCACGGCUGCUCGCAGAAACAACACCCAUCAUGAUGACUCAUCCCGAAGCCGCGGCGUCAAUGAACUGCUGGCCGACCUCCGCCGCACCGGCCUGAGCGGCCCUCCGGCUCCGGAUGUGGUCCAGCCAACCAUUCAUCCCUCGCUCCGCCAUAUUCUCCAGAUCCCGGAGACGCCACCUCCUCGCCCCCGGCGGCCGCCUAUCCGGGGUGGGACUGCUGGUGCGAGGCUCCCUCCUGGUCCGCCUCCGCCCCGUAGUUGGUUAUCAAGACCGGAGCGCGCGGAAAACGCUCUCCGGCGGUCGGCAAUCGAGUCCGCCGCAGCGUGGAGGUCUGUUCAGCGGCCAUUGCCGGGGCUGAGCCUGCCGGCGCGUGGAAGUCUGAUCGAUGUGGUUCUGCGCCGCAUGGUUCUCGACUGGGAGUGGCAGAGGUCGUAUUGCCGCUAUCACCUUUAUGAGCUCCCAACACAUCUGCGGGUUGCUUUGAUCACCUACCUAGCCGCGUACACCGACGAGGGUGUCUCUGUGCGUGAUCUUCAGGCCGUUCUCCAGCCUCCUCCAGACGUCCCUGAUUACUAUGAGGACCCGGCGCCCCCAAGCAUCAUAAACGAGUCUUUUAGUUAUCUCGACCUAUUUGGCUCGAUUGGGCGGUCCUUGAGACUCCGCGAGUUGUCGGAUCUCCUCUUUCCCCGUGAACCUGAGUCCAACAACUUGCAGGAAUCCUGGGACACAGCCGAUGCGUCCUCGGCCGAUAUCCCCCGCCCGCUGCUUCCCAAUCUAACUCACCUCUCGCUUGCGCUAGACCCCUCGUUUUGUCGCGAUGUCUCGUGGCGACAUCUCUUGGCCUUCGCGGCCCGUCUGCCGGGGCUGACCCAUCUCAGUCUGGCCUUCUGGCCCGAGCCGACGCUCACUCCCAACGCCAAACUGGCCACGGUCAUCUCUCCGCAGACGGGGCGGACGUUACAGUACGGCGGAACCGGGCCCUACAGCCAUUCCCUAGACGACGACUGGGCCGAGCAGGUCCUAGUCCUGCGCCGUCUCAGCAGGUGUCUGUACGGGCUCGAGUACCUCGACCUGACGGGGUGCGGCGCAUGGUUCCCCGCGCUGUGGGCCAGUGCCGGGGAGGGCGACACGGUCGACUGGACGGGCGCAUGGGGCAAAAUCUCUACGGUGGUCAUGUACCCCGGCUAUCGGCUGGGCAAUGAUGCUGGGCUGGCGGAGACGGCGCGGUAUUGGGAGUUUGUGGACUAUGCGAGGCGGGUGGAAAGGCACGUGAGGAGUUGCCGGGCUGGGAGGGGCAGGUUCUUUAGUGUUGAGACGUGUAAGCGGCCGGGAGAGCUGUAG